CCGUAACUUUGGUUCUCCCCCUGAUACUUGAUUUCUGAUACCUGAUACAAAAGAGGCUCAUACAAAAUGGUAUAUGUAACAUGACAACAUAAAAAUACAUUCUGAAUGUUUCAUUCUCUAAAAUUCAAUCCGUUACACCUCGAGAAAUGACACAAUGGCAGCAAAUUUCUUCACUUAUUUGCAGAGCACGAACUACCGAUUCAAUAGGUAUAGAGAAACCGGGACAAUACUUACCCCUUCGGAUAUCAACUCGGAUCAACACAGAAACAUAUGGGAGAACUUGCCUGUCCCAGACCUUGACAAUGCGCAAAUUAUUUUCAGUCCUGAGGCACCGAGAGUAGACGAGUAUAGGAAGGCUAGAACCACCGCACGUGUGGAUGGCCAAACAUCAAUACCAUUAGACACACCACGGCACCGGCGGCUUCAUAGAGCCCGACUGCGUUUCAUGCAAUUCAGAGAUUGGUUCAGCCAACAACAAAUAGAAAAACAAGAACCUCUUUGGCAGAUGCAAAGGGUUUUAGGCAGUGGAACAUUUGGCCUAGCCGUUCACUACAGAGACGCAGCCGGGCGGGACGUAGUUAUCAAAUAUGAUCUGAACCCGAAUUCUGAUUCUAUAACCAGAGAGUGUAUAAAUUUGGAUGAAGUCAGACAAUCUGCACAUUGCAUACGAAAGCUCAGACCGGAUGUGGGUAGGUACCGAAAACGUCAUCGUCGUGACGACUCGUCCGCUACCGAGCACUCAAGUGGAAACGAAAGCUUGAGUCGGGCGGAGCUUAGAGAGUUGGGCAAGGAUAUUUCGGAACGUCAUCUGCGAAGAAAUCGAUCGCGAAUGACCCAAGAACAGAUGAUGGAACUCUUGAGAAAGACAAGAGAGCGUAACAUCGCGAUAGACCAACAUAACAGCCUGGAGGACAACGAAGAGCGCUGGAUCGCUCUUGAAUAUAUGGAACAUGGAAGUUUGAGCGACCUCAUUGAAAAGCUAACGGACGACCUACUAUAUCGGCGCACCCAGAAUGAUAAUGAGGGCGGGCGGGUUCCUAAUCGAGUGUUGUGGUCGUUCUGGCUAUGCCUCGUCCGAGCUUGUAUUGCGAUGGAAUACCCGCCGAGGAAGUUUCAUCCCCAUCGACGCAUACCGCUUCCAGAAGACAUCGUUACUGAAGAAUCUGCCAUAGACCGAAGGAUGAGAAGAGCUACGAGGGAAAUCGACAUACCCAUAUAUGGCCCAGGAGAUUACGAAAUAAUGUUGGACGAAGUUCACGAUUUAAACGAAUCUAUCCCUAAGGGAAACCGAGUCUACAAACGGCGAAAUUUUGUCCACUUUGAUAUUGACCCCCAAAACGUCCUUAUAGGCGGCCUUGAAUUAAACACCGCAGAACACCUCAAGUGGCACGAAUUUCAGGAAGCUCGAAGAGACAAACUAGAAGAAGAGAACUCACCGAACCCUGCACCACCCAUAAAGGUGAUUAAGGCCCCUCCGGAAAGAUUUCUAAAAAACAUUAAGGAUAGGAUACGACACGAGCAUAUCUUAGUUCCACGGCUUAAACUAGCAGAUUUUGGAGUGGGGGACAGAGUGAAACUUCAGAAACGCAAUCAUUACUAUCUCUGCCGAAGAAUGUGCGGGAAAUGGAAGUACAUGGCUCCGGAGCAAUUUGGGGCAGACUGGAAUGCGACACCUGGCGACGCAGACGGUCCUGAGUUGGCAGAAGCUCCAGUUGCUGGUAAUUAUGGACCACACACGAAUGUUUGGGGUAUUGCAAUGACGAUGUGGUCUCUUAUUACCAAAUUCGAACCGAUAUGCCCACCAUACCCCGAGAUACCUGAUGAUAUAUAUAACCAGAUUCCGGAGAACAUGACCAGUCGCGAAGCUGUGAACGCGGAAAUUAGGCGAUUGGAGCCUGAGCUAUCAAGUGUAUCUUAUUGCACAUGGAACUUCCCAUUGCAGGACAAUUUCGAAUGGGUCGAUAAAGAUCUUCGAGACACAAUUUACGAUUGCCUGUAUCAUGCUCCAGACGACCGGCCAACCCUAUCCGAGCUUCUCAAAGUUGCUGAGCAUAAAGUCAGGUUGGGACGAUCGUUGAUGCGUGAGUCUGAUGAGACGGUAAUGGCAUGGGUCCAUGUGAGUGACGCCCCCCCUCAUUCCCUCAAAAGCUACUUUUUUUGAGAUCAUCGUUCCUUUUUGAGCUUGAGCAAGAAUUGGUUACUCAUGACACACUUGAAAGCCCUCAACGCCUGUACUAGAGGGGGGUGAAAAUCGCUGACCGGGGUUUAUCAAAGAAAUGGUUUUAUGAACCAUAUCAAUUCCGAAUGCUAGACAACAACAACAACAACAACAACAACAACAACGACAGUAACAAUAAUGAUGAUGAUGAU